AUGGCUGUCCCCGAGGUAUUACAGCAAAAGCCAAAGAACUUGGCGAUCCAGACCAAUCCAGCGCAUGACCUGGAUCUCGUCGAGACUGAUGUGCCCGAGCCAGGGCCUACAGAUUGCUUGGUCCAUGUCCGCGCCACUGGCAUCUGUGGUUCAGAUGUCCAUUUCUGGAAGCACGGCCACAUCGGCUCCAUGGUGGUCUGUGGUGAUAACGGACUCGGCCAUGAAAGCGCCGGGGUUGUCAUUAAAACAGGCAAAGACGUAACAAGAUUCAAGCCUGGCGACAGAGUUGCCCUCGAAUGUGGCAUUCCUUGUUCUAAGCCGACUUGCUAUUACUGCCGAACUGGCCAGUACAACGCUUGCCCAGACGUCGUCUUCUUCUCUACACCUCCUUAUCAUGGUACUCUUCGUCGCUACCAUGUCCACCCUGAAGCUUGGUUGCAUCCAUUGCCGAGCAGUCUUAGCUUCGAGGAAGGCUCAUUACUUGAGCCCCUUUCUGUAGCCCUUGCAGGUAUCGAAAGGUCCAACCUUCACCUGGGGACUCCUUUGGUUAUCUGUGGCGCUGGACCUAUCGGCCUUGUGACUCUUCUAGCAGCUAAUGCGGCAGGGGCUGCCCCUAUUGUCAUUACUGACUUGGAUGAGAAUCGCCUAGCUAAGGCCAAGUGUCUCGUUCCUCGUGUGCGUACUGUGCUGGUUGAGAGGGGAGUAGAUGCCAUGAGCCUGGGCAAGAAGAUUGUGCAUGCUCUAGGCCAGGAAGCACGACUGGUACUAGAGUGCACUGGUGUGGAGUCCAGCAUACACGCCGCCAUAUAUGCUUCGGCAUUUGGCGGCGCCGUAUUUGUUAUUGGCGUGGGGAAAGACUUUCAGAACAUCCCUUUUAUGCAUCUUUCUUCUAAAGAGAUUGAUCUCCGCUUCCAGUACCGUUAUCAUGACACUUACCCCAAGGCAAUUAGUCUGGUAACAGAAGGACUUAUCGACUUAAAGCCUCUUGUUACGCAUCGGUUUAAGCUGGAAGAGGGUGUUGAGGCGUUUACAGUGGCAUCAGACCCUUCGGCGAAGGCUAUCAAGGUUCAAAUUGUUGACUAG